ACCAGCAUAAAGAAGUGCGCCCCCUCUCAGCGGCAGCGCCCUCCCCCCUUCUCGCCUCCUCAUCUGACCCCGGCUCUCGCCUCCGCCAACGGCCGAAACCCUAGUCCCGCCGCCGCCGCCGCCGCCGCUUCCCACUAGAUCCAGGGUCUGGGCAUCCCCCGAUCCGUCGACCAAGUUACUGUCGCUCUUGCCGCUCUCCGCCCAAAUCCGUCCCACCCACCCGCCCGCCCUUGCUUUCUCUUCAGAUUCGGCGCGCCGCAGCGUGUGACUCGUUUUUUUAAUGGUACUGUAUCGUAUACUUAUCGGUGGAUAGUGUUUUCUCUUUCAUUCAUUGUCGCGAUUAGCCGGCUUCGUUGAUGAACUAAUUCCGAGAAUGAACUAGCCGGCGUACUGUGCUCAAAAGUUCGAUUGUACGAGCAGUGAGAUGUAGAUUUAUUUAUCUAUUUCCCUUUCUUUUUUGCUGUGAUGACUUACCAAGGACGGUAUCUGAGCGAGGAAUCUAUCCUCGCAUGAUUAUACCUGAUCUGAGACAAAAUGUCUGAGCAAAUCUAAAGAGUACGAGUAGUACUUUGCUGUAUUCGCGUUAUGUUUGUUGUUUGGUCGAAAAAGCUCUCGGGAAAUUUCAUGCUUCUCCGGUCACUUGUUUGCUGUGAUGACAUCUACAAGGACGGUAUCUGAGUAAGGUGGCUCUUCAAAAUGUGCCCCUUCUGUGAUUGGAUCCAAUCUGAAUGAGAUUCUGAGCAAACAGGUGAAGCACGUGCUGUGCUAGUUGAGCUGCUAUAGCCAAAUGCUAUCAUGCUUUCUUUAAAAAUUUUGCAUCCCCCUUGUUCGACACCCUAUAGCUGUUAAACAUCAGUGCUAUGCAAGUUUUCAGAUUUUGUAAUUUUAGGUUCCAGUUCCAUCCCUCACUUGCGGUGAUGACUUGUACAAGGACGGUAUCUGAGCGAGGUUGGUUCUUAAAAGGCCAUUCCUUGCAUGAUUACAUCUAGAACUGAGACUGAUAUCUGAGCAGACUUAAAUAUGUGAACGGAACACUUGUGUUCAUAGCUGUGGUUCUAUGUAGCUCCUUGAAAGCUUUUUGCUGCCUGUGCUUGUAUGGUCCAUGUGUUAAAUGUUUACAAUAAGCAAAACUAUUUUGUCCCUCUUAGAAAAUUGGUAGCUAUUUUGUAAUAUUUUGAUCUAUUGUUACGUGUCAAUGGAUAAUUGCUGUGAGGACUCCUUUUAGGACGGUAUCUGAAGGGGUGACCUUUAGUGCACCUCAUCUGAUUAUACCAAAACUGAAUAUGGUUUCUGAGCAAAUUUGGGCAUAACAACUAUGGACCCAACAAUGGAUUUACCCUUUAUUAUUAAUUACGUUUGUCCUUUUGCAAUGCCCACAUUAUUAGCAUUGGCAUGCAUUUUCUACUUCCUAGAACAUUUGUCUUGUGUCAUCGUUUGGGUCAUGCUUGUUCUGUGUAUUUGCUGUGAUGACUCCUAUUAGGACGGUAUCUGAAGGGGGUCACUUUAAAGUGCACCCCAGCUGAUUAUACCAAAAUUGAAUAUGGUAUCUGAGCAAGUCCAUCCAUAUGCCAUAGAACCCAACUCAUGAUUUAUCCUUUUUGAUCGACCUGAUUGAUGUAAUUGCUUUCCUGAUGCUAAUGUCAUUAUAUCAUCUCUUUUCUAUUUUCUUCUGUACCCUCUUUUGUGUCAUGCCUGAUCUUUGUAUUUGCUGUGAUGACUCCUAUUAGGACGGUAUCUGAACGGGGUGACUUUUAAGUGCAUCCCUUCUGAUUAUACCAAAACUGAAUAUGGUUUCUGAGCAAAUCCAGCCAUACCACCAGAGAACCCAAUUGAUGCUUUUCCCAUUUUGUUCGACCUGACUGAUGCAUUUGCAUUCUUUGCUUUCCUUAUGCCACUGUUACCAUAGCAUUGGGUUAGUUAUUUUCUAUUUCCAAUCACAGUUUGUAAUCUUCUCUGUCCUAUUUCGAACCCUGCUGGUUUUAUAAUUUUUUUUUUUGCUGUGAUGAUUCCUCAAGGACGGUAUCUGAGUGAGGUUGUGCUAGAAAAGCCUUCCUCCUGUGAUUACAUCCAAACUGACAAGGAAUUCUGAGUAUAAUUUGAGAAAGUAAUAAAGCAUGCAGUCAUAUUUUUUUAAAAAAACAUUGUGUUGCUAUAGUUUCUUCUAUGCUUACUUUAUUUAUCCAUUUGUAGCAUUCUUGUUUUUUUCUGCAUGUUCAAUUCCAGUUCUAUUUAUCUAAAAAUAUAAUAAUGGACUUGCGUGUGAGUUUGGCUAGCAUGGCUUCCAGAUAUUUACCUUUGAAGAUUUAUAUUUCUGGGUUAUUCUCACUUAGCAUUUACACUUCUCUUGCACCUAGCACCCAGUGUAGUUAUCUGAGUUGAGUCAUGCACCUAGCAUCCAGUGUAGUUAUCUGAGUUAGAGUCAUUAUUUGGAUGUGCUUGCUCACUGUUUAAUCAUAUUUUCUGCUUUUAUGAAUUUUGUAAACAUUAUUCUUUGUGGUUGGUUAUCGCACUUACAUUCUCAUGCAGUACAUGUUGUACAUGAGUUAUACUUCUUAGAGCUAAACCUUAUGAGAAAUUUUGCCUUGCUCUAUGUUCUGAUUACAUUUGCUAAGUUGUGCUGUUGGCUAUAUGAGGAAGUGGUUCUCUAUCAGCUAUAUUUUGUUGCAAUGAUGUGAUUACAUUUUUUUUCUUAUUGAAGUGAUCUUGUUGGAAUAUCACUUUGAUUUGUCUCUUUUGCUAAUACUGCAUAUUUUUAAUGCUCUUAAUUCUCUGUCAGGAUGAUCAUCCACCACCAGAAUAGUACGUCUUUAAAAGCUGUCCACUAGACUCAUGGAAUCUGCUCUUGGUCAUACCCCUCUUAUACAUGGUCUUCCUGAUGAGAUUGCUCUCAUUUGCUUAGCAAGGGUUCCUCGGCGGUUUCAUAAUGUUCUCAGGUGUGUGUCAAAGAGAUGGAGAGAACUGCUAUGCAGUGAAGAAUGGCACAUUUGCCGCAAGAGGAACAACUUGGAUGAGUCAUGGAUUUAUGUACUCUGUAGAGAAACAGGCAUCAAAUGCCAUGUAUUGGCUCCGGAUGCUUCAAGUCGGUCCUUGAGAGUCAUGCAUAUCAUUGAACCCCCAUGCUCAGGGAGGCAAGGUGUUACCAUUGAGGCGUUAGACAAAAGGCUAUUUUUUCUGGGUGGAUGUAGUUGGCUAAAUGAUGCUACGGAUGAAGUUUACUGUUAUGAUGCAUUGUCGAAUCACUGGAGCACAGCAGCUCCGAUGCCUACACCCAGGUGCUAUUUUGUGUCAGCAUCUAUCAACGAGAAGCUAUACAUAACUGGUGGACUUGGUUUGACAGACAAGUCACCAAAUUCCUGGGACAUCUAUGACUCGGCCACCGAUUCCUGGUGCGCACACAAGAACCCAAUGCUCACCCCUGACAUAGUGAAGUUUGUUGCAUUGGAUGAGGAGCUGGUGACCAUUCACCAGGCAGCCUGGAACAGAAUGUACUUUGCUGGCAUAUAUGAUCCGCUGGACCGCACCUGGAGGGGCACAGAAAAUGAGAUUGCACGCUGUUUCUCCAGCCCAACAGUUGUUGUGGAUGGGACACUGUACAUGCUAGAGCAGAAGCUUGGGACGACGCUGAUGAUGUGGCAGAAGGACACCAAGGAGUGGGUCAUGGUUGGCAGGCUCUCGGACAAGGUUACAAGGCCUCCGUGCCAACUUGUGGCCAUCGGCAGGAAGAUUUACGUGAUUGGAAGAGGGUUGAGCAUAGUGACAGUCGAUAUGGAUACAGCUGCCAGAGUUGAUGGGUUCUUGGUUACCACUUCCACUGGCCCAUUGGUGGAGCAAGAUUUGUCUCCCGAGAGAUCCAGGGUUAUCACCAUCUGAAGGUGGCAUAUGACUGACGCUGAUUACCAUCCUUGUUGCCCAUAUUGUUGGGUUAUUGGGAUUCUUCAUGCACAUAUACCGUGAAUUCAAUAAGGUUGACACAUGCAGUCAGCUCCUAGCUGCAUUUGUUUUGGCUCUUUUGUAGUUUGUUCUCUUUGUAUCGACUGUAAGAAAAGAAAAGAUAAGAUCUGAGGCUGUGCAUUGUGUAAUACUUGUUUAUAGAUGACAUGAUUGAUACCUGUAAAGCUGAAGAGUGUGAUGCUUGUUAUCAUAAAGAAACAUUCAUUCUACUCCAUCAGCGAGCAUCAUUGUGCACUUGACGGUCAUAUGUGCACGGCUCUUGUGGCACAUGAAGUUUCCAUGCAUGUAUUUGCAACAAAAUAUAAGUGGCGAAAUCUGGCUACAUUUGUAAUGAA